CGAGAGCGCCGACGAAUUUUAUAGCAUAAUGGGUGUACUCACCAGAGAAAUGAUGGAGUUUGGGGUCACCGAUACCAACGAACUGAUCAAGACCAUUUGCAUAAUGGCUCCCUUUCCGUUCCCACAAUUAGGCGAAUUGCGAGAGAAAUACAUGUAUAAUAUCCGACCCCUGACCUCAUCCCUGGCUCUGGUCAAGAGAGGGCUACAGAUAUUUCAGAGCGACGACGAAGACGAGUGUGAUGUUGGAGAUGAUCAGAUCAUGUUAGCCAACCUCUACUCCACCAAUGCCUACAACUCGCAUAAGAUUAAA